AGAAAGAUUAGAGGAGAGCAAGAGACGCAGUAAAGAACGUCAUGAUUCCAAGCGUGUACGUACACAUCCGGUAUACUACCAGGGAGAUCAAGUGCUGAUCAAAGACCAUAUGGCAAGAGGGAAGCUCACCAAAACAUGGAAAGGCCCUUACCGCAUUGAGGCCUUCCACGCGGAGAACAACAACGUCACCUUGGAAGUCAAUGGACGAUUACAGAAGGCACAUACGGAUAAGAUACGGCCGUACUUUUCUGUUACAGAUGCUACUAGCCCUGAUUCAAUUGACGAGCCUCUCCCUGGUACAAGCCGAGAUUCGUAUCGAGUCACUGAACGACUCGACGAUUUACGUAGAACAGCUGGGACCGGCUAGAAUAUACCACGAGCCAUGGAAUAUCAUCACGAUAUUUGACACCAACGAACUCAGAAAGGACUACGAGAAGGUAGAAGGCCAGCUAUCAUCACUAAGAACCAGAUGCGGGAACUGUAAAGAGAUGAGAGAACUCAAUCAAUUGAGGCAGAUAAUGAAGAACACCCACAAGCAAAUACAGACCAUACAGACACUCGAAGGAAGGGAUCUACGACACCGCCGAGGAUUGAUAAACGCGAUAGGAUCGCUCAGCAAAUCACUUUUCGGCACACUUCACAACGAUGACUUAGAAAAUUUGCAUAAAGGAAUGGACAAAAUUUAUGAUGGACAACACAAAUUGGCAAGCAGCAUAUCAAACCAGACAGCAGUAAUCAGAGUACUGCUGGAAGAAGCUAACAGAGGCAGCAGAACGAACUACGACUCGCUCAUCGAAGUGCUCAACAAUAAUACACAACAGAUCCAGAUGGUGCGGGCCUUGGAAGCCAUGAUUCCCAUAACGCAAGGAUUGCGAGACGACACCUCCACACUCCUGACUGCUAUUACCAUGGGUAAGCAUGGAAUCAUAGAUACGCAACUUUUAACACCUGAAAUACUAGCGCAGGUUAUCAACGGAGUUCAAAGCCAGAGACCUGGCGCCUCGAUGCUGGACGGCCGACGGGACUACACGUUGCUGCUCGACAUCGCCGACGUUGCGAUUUUCUUAACGAGAGGGCAUCUCGUGUACCACCUCUCGAUACCCAUCAUGGAGAAACCGAUAUUUCAGCUACAACACCUCAUCCCCAUUCCACAACGAAUCGGAAAACAUCAUAUUGUGAUCAUCCCCGAAUCAGAAUGGAUCGCAAUAGACGAAACCAAGCGCAGCUACUUACAGACCGAACAACAGCAACUGUAA